AUGGAUCGUGGAAAAGCAGGAGUUGGAAGAGCUGCAAAAAGUAAGAUUGCUCAACAUCCCUCUGAUUUAUUUGCACUAGGAUCGAAAAGUUCACGAAAUGAAAGUUCUGAUACUAAAAACAGACCAGGCGUUGUUCAUGCAAAAGCAAGUAGCAGUUUGGCGACCUCUGGUGGUGACCGGAAAAAAGAUGCACCUUCAGGAUCACUCCAGUCAUUUCAAUAUUUACCACAAAAGAAGCCUAAGUUAGCAGGUCAUGUCGGUCACCAACGGCCACCUUUCCCUAGUGCGGAAGCUUGGGAAGUUGUAGCUAUAGAUAUUGAUCCUGCUGACAUAGUUCCUAUGGCACUCGAGGCUAAUGAGAAUGAUGAAGGUGACAAAGUCAUAGGAAUAAUAUGUGGUGCUAUAAAGACACUGAAAAAUCAGAAAUGGAAGCCUGAUCAAUUGAUCUGCUAUGAAUUGCUAUAUCUGGCAAAAAUUCGUCCAUCUAUUUUCUCAAAUGAUUGUAUAUUGCACGCCUUGUCAUCUCUUUUAAAAAGAGAUCAAACCUAUAAUUUUAAGAGCAAAGGAAAUCCCAUGGUUCCACUAUUAGCCGCGAAUCUUCUCAUGAGAGGAUUUCACGAUAAGAAAAAUUGGCCAGAAAUAUUUGUGAAGCUGUAUGUGGACGACGCUCUCGGGGAACGUAUAUGGAUCGAUCACGAAGAAAGUAAAGGCUUUAUCGACAAUAUAUCAACCGGUUUUAACACAAGGCAACCGCCCAAGUCUGCUCUGCAGUCAGAAUUUCCGGUAUUAAUGCCGCGAGAUUGUCAAAGCCCAUCUACAGUAGAUGAUGAAGACCCGACGACCUUGGCAACAUCGUUAUCUGCGGACAAAGAAAAAAUAGAGUUCUCCGUGAGUCCGCGAUACGCGCAUUGUAUGGAAAACAUAGAGUCUAUAGUAUUGGAAGCAGUGAAAGAGCAACUGAAUAGGCGUCAACCAGAGUCCAUUACGAGGAACUUUUUGAAACUACUUUCUGCAACUUGUGGUUUUGUCGAGAUCAGAAAUAUUGCUGUUCCAAGAUUGGAGAUGUGGUUGCACAAUCCCAAGUUGAUGAGAACCGCGCAGGAACUGCUCAGUUACGUAUGCUACAACUGCACCACUCAUACUCAAAGGGACGUCGAGGUUAUCAGCCAGCUGGUGAAGAUGAGAUUGAAGACGAAGGCUGUCAUCAAUAUGUAUUUGAACGGUGUCAAAGAACUAAUAGGGCUGCAUCCGGAGAACUUGACUACUAUGCUGAAACACACGAUCUACAACGAACUGUCGAAUGCGCGCAAUCCGAACAAUAUGCCCAUGUUGGCGAUAAUGUUUCAAACGUUGCCAGAGCAGGCGGCGAAGUUGCUUGCGGAAAUCUUCCAAGAGUUGCUGAUGAAUCGCGAGGAUUAUCUGAGACCGUUGCGCACGUUGUUCCGCGAGAUUGUGCGCGUGUGCCGGCACGACAUCAAUCUCACUAUUUUCGCGCGAACGCUCAUGUCCGAGAGAGCGGACUUGGCUCAGCAGUUGUUGACUUUUGAGUUCAAGGAUCGUAUGUUCAUGUCUAUAGCGGACCUAUUAUGCCUUUGCAUGCUGAUGGCGAUAAGCCCGCAGGUGAAGGAAGCCGCGACGUUGUCGCAGCGUGCGGACAAGAAGGAUGUGACUCUGUUGAAAAAUUUCCAGAAAGUCGUAUCCACGAUGCAACACGAGGCAGUGGUGUGGUUGCAAAACUCAGCGCAGCAAAUGUAUUCUAUCGGGCGGAACGAGCUGUUGCACGCGUUACACAAGGUCCUACUCCUAGAGGCUCACGAGCAAUAUUAUAAACUGGACAACUGGCCACCGGAGUCAGAUCGAGUGUUUUACUUACGACUGGUAUCCGACGUACCUUUCCUAGAAACCACAUUGUGCAGAUUGCUUUUGUUCGGCCUUUCAAAGGAUAACAGUAUCACUCAUUUGGAGACCUUAGAAUUAGCCGAUCAGUUGAUACGACGAGCCGCUGCCAAUUCGUCGGAAAAUUUCCCAAUGUUAAAAGUUGACAAGACAGACAUCGUUGAUUUCAUCUUUAAUCUCUCCGUGUAUCAGCCACCGGGGACGAUAAAUAUACCUGUAGAUUAUGUGCCACCGUCAUUGGCGAUAUCCAAUCUCUACUGGAAAGGAUGGAUUAUGAUAUUAAUUCUAGCCGCUCAUAAUCCAACCUCGAUUGGUAUGUUCGCGUGGAAGCAAUAUCCUAUCCUGCGAACGCUGAUGGAAAUGUGCAUCACUAAUCAUUUUUCUUACCCGCUGCCGACCAUGGCCAUGCCGGAGAUUAUGGAGCAAGAGCGUGCGAAAGAGCUGCAGGUCGAAGCCAUCGAGAAACAGGGCAUAUUAGAAUAUGAGUCGCAUUUAGCUGCGGCGGCGUCUACCAGAAUGCAAUUGUCCGAGCAAAACAGUUUCCUGCUAUCGCAAUUGAUUUCUAUGGAUCCGACGGGAAUCGCGAGAAGACCACCGCCGGUCAUACUCGAGCAGAUACAGUUGCUGAAUACGACUCUCCGAUUAGGCCAUCUGAUUUGUAGAUCACGUAAGCCGGAUUUCUUGCUAGAUAUCAUUCAGCGUCAACAGCAGAACACGUCGCAAAGCAUGCCUUGGUUGGCGGAUUUGGUGCAAAACAGCGAAGGUUCAUUGAGUCAGCUGCCGGUGCAGUGCCUAUGCGAGUACCUAUUGACUACCAGUCCGCAAACUGUUGAGAAGCAACCCAGACAACAGCAACUUCUAAUCCAUCUUCAGACCUUGCUGACCGACCCAAACGAAAAUCAGCAGCACGCUUAUGAAGUCCUCGAGUACUUUCUCAGACGACUAAGUAGCCAGCAAAGUAGCAGUCGUCUCCAAGCUAUCACAGGACUGAGAAUGAUCCUGGAUUCGAUACCUCUCGAAGAUGAAAGUAUGGAUGUGGAUGGAGAGAACGAAAGGGAAAAAUGGCUUCUACGAAAGCUGCCAUCCAUACCUCACUUUUUAUCAGUACGUUCCUUACUCUCUACGGCGUUGCGUGGCGCUUGUCAGGUCGAGAACAGUCCCGAACUGGUGCAAGCUUACAUAUCGUAUCUGGCUACGCACACCGUCCAUGAUGAUCUGCCCGAUUUAACCGACUUGGCCAACGAGAUAUCCCAGUUGGUGGUUGAACGUAGCACAAUCAUCGCGGCCAUUCUCCCGCAACCGGAGAGCGACAAUCAGCAAGCCAGACAAACUCUGCACGCUUUUAUGGCGAUCUUCUGUAAUUAUCUUCAAAAAGCCCGCUUGCCGAGAGGUGAGGGAUAUCAAUGGUCCGAAAGUCAAGACCAGAUCUUGGUUCAGUGGAGUAAUGGAGAAGAGUGCACUAUGCAUAUCCUUGUGGUUCAUGCCAUGAUUAUACUGUUAACAUACGACACAUCUGAGGACGAUCCGUUGUUCAAUAAUCUUCUGGAGACAUGGUUCCCGUUAACGGAGCCGCCGAAGGCUUUCCUCGUCGAUACUAGCGAGGAAGCGUUACUGAUUCCCGAUUGGCUCAAAUUGAGAAUGAUCAGGAGUAACGUUCCACGGUUAGUCGAUGCUGCCUUGAAGGACCUCGAACCCCAGCAGUUGGUACUUUUUAUACAAAGUUUCGGGAUACCUGUAUCAUCUAUGAGUAAAUUGUUGCAUACGUUGGACGCUGGUGUUCAAAUCGACCCGGGAUCGGUUGGUGAAGCAGUACUGGACAAAACGUAUAUGGCACAGCUGGUCCAAGUGCAACACAGAAGAGGCGCAACAGGCGGUCUGGUGUUCGUUCAAGUGUUGCAACUGCUAGAGCCGCAGUUGCCGGACGAGAGCGUUUUGUCAAUUCAAACGUUGCAGGAACCGUUGCCACCGAGCGCCACGAUACAAAAACAGUCAGUUGUACAGUGCUCUGUCAAGACUGACGUACCUCACUUGAUAAACCGACUGUUCAUCGAGAAUAUUCCCAUGAAUCAGAAGAUGGACGCAUAUCGGCGCCUCCACAAGAUCCUGUCGAAGGACCUACAACGUUCCACAAAGGAGAGCGGUGCAGUGGUGCUGGCGAUACAACACAUAUGCAGCGUGUUGAGCUCCAUGCAGGUCGAACAGUUCUUGACUUCGCUCGUGCGCAUACCACAUUAUUCGUGCACGUUGAUGCGCAUGAUACUGCUGCCGCUGAAGAAGCCGACUAUGUCGAAACACGUGCUCGAGUUGGCACGCAACAUGUGCUUGAAUCUGAUAUCGUUGAUAGGCGAUGUGAAGGCCCCGGUAUUGUCGAUCCUCCGGGAUUUUGCCAAUGUACAAUUGACGAAGACGUCGCAACGCACGGAGUUACUGAGAUUGAUGCAGAAUCACGAGAAUCCAGGUUCGAUAUUGGAAGGCAUGGAUCCCGUGAAUCUGGAGGACGUGGGGCGUAGAUUGCUGGAUCUCUGUCUCAAACAGCAGAAGAACGACGUCUUGGUCGAAGCAAUGGCGAAAUUGUUAGUCAGUGACAGCAACGAGGGUGCGUUGAAACCUCGCACGGGUCUGUUGAUCGACUGGUUGGCCUCGGUGGAGCCCGAGUUGAUCGGCGCUUGUCCCAACCUUCAGAUGAAGCUCUUAUUUGGCAAAACGAAAGUACAAGUUGUUCUCGACGGGAAUACCGUGAGCUCACAUUCUUGCAGGCCGUAUUUGUUGACUCUACUGACACACAGAGCUAGUUGGACUACUUUGUACAAAUGUGUACAACAUUUGCUGAGUAAAUGCGACGACGGGUAUGAUCCAACUGCUGUGUUAGAUUUCUUAUGGGCGCUCACAUGUAAUCCGAAACUGUGGCAAGGCCGAGACAAAUUCACACCGAAGCACUAUGUCCCAGAAAAUAUCUUAUUGUUGGAAGAACAGCAGUUACUUCACUUAGUAGCAUACAUAGUGGCCGAAGCUGUUAAUAUUUGUAAUAUGCAGAACAGAAACGCCGCUCUCGCUAAGAUGUACAUCAGACUGGAUCUACUGUUACAUUGUAUAUGCACUGAGGAUUAUUUGAUUGUCGGUGUAGUUGUCUAUUUAGCGGAACGUAUGAUGGGUAAUAACGGCGAAAACUCGGAUAUGGCACAUCAAUUUCUGCUGCAUAUGUAUAUGAAAAUUCCUAAGGUCAUCUGCUACCUGAGCACUUAUCAAACAAACAACUUCGUUAAUGGAGCGAAAAUAACCGACUGGGUGGGCUCAGUACUCGAUUGUAUGAGCCAUUCUCUAUUGACAGCUUUGGCAGCUACGCCCAGGCAGAAGUCCUGGAACUCUAAAUCACAAGAAUUCGAACUCUGUGCUAGAAAGAUGGCCGCAGUACAUCCCAUAUUGGUGCUACGACAGUUGCCGAUGUUGGCGUCUUCAUUGAUGGGAAGGUGUUACCUUGACUUCGGUCAGUUUCGAGCCGGCCACCAUUUGAAUCUCUUCACGCAAGUCAUGGGUUUACUGGAAUUGUUGCAACCACAUUUGUUUAUGGAAGAACAUGAAACUUCGUUGGAGAACACCUUGGAAAAUUACUUUCAAUGCUUUCAAAAUUACGGACCUAUCAAGGAUCUCCCUCUGUUGAACAGAUUUGUGGCGUUAUUACACUCAUAUAUAUCACAUGAUCCACAACGGGCGAUGCGAUAUUUACAGAAACAUGCACAUAUUCUGCAUGAGUUGCAAGUACAUUUGGUCGCUUUGAGGGCACUCGUAUCGAGUAUACCGAUGCCGAAGGACGGAGACGACGCGAAUGACAUUCUGAUCACCAUAACUCCCACACUUUUACCCGCGGAACCUGCUAUUCCGCAGCAUUGGCAAUCAUUGUUGACUACGCUCACCAAACUACAUGGCGAAGAUGUAUUCAACGCGCUUCAAGAAAUAGAGCACUUAUCGUCGCGAAGGCCUUUGGUUUUGGAACCCAUAAUGGACAACAUAGCGGAAUUGCUGGUAUCGCCGCAGGGUAAUAUUAGAACUUUGGCGCACACCCUACUCGCUAGAGCGCUGAAGCACCGUCCUUUGCCAAACGCGAACAUACUGUCGGCAUUCCAGCGAUGUUUGGAUAGUCAUAGAGCAGAUGUUCUUCUAUCAGCUCUGGAAAAGCUACCAGACAUUGUACUAUGUAUGCAAGAACACGCUUUACCAUUGAUGAAGAAAGUGUUCGAGUUGGGAGUAAAUUCGAGCGUCAAUACGAUACCUUUCAUCAUUAAAGCCAUCGCACUGCUAAACACACAACAAGGUUGUUAAUAAAAAAAAAAUAUCUAUAUACAAUAACAGGGAUAACAUUGUAAUCAUCACGUUAUAAAUAUUAAAUAUAUAUUUACGAGUAAAAUAAUUAGUAAAAAAUCUUUAUUUCAAUAUAUGCUUAAAUUUUGUGUGUGUAUAUAUGUAAGAAUUAUAUCUGCGCACACGAGCGUGCAGUAUUUUGUAUAUGAAUUAGGAAGUUACUCGUUACUUGUAGCAUAAUUUUUAUUUUUAAUGAUUUAAUAACAAUGUUAUCUUUAUUAGUAACGAUAACGAUAAGAUAAUUACAUUUUUUAGGCAACGGUAAAAUGUAAUUAUUAGUUUGCGUAAAACAUUAAUUUUCGAAAAUAACGCGUUACUUCCUAAUGCUGUAAAAUAUUAUGUAGAUGUUAUGAUGUACGUAGAUAGAAAAGUGGAUAAAAAAGAUUUUAACGUCAUAUAAAAUCUUUUUUCUUUAACAAUUUUGAAUAGCUGGACAUCUAGACAUAUAUUUUACAGAUUUGAAAAGUAUAUACAUAUAACGUGUUACUUGUAAAGAGUAACAUCUUAUUUCCAAUUCUGAUAUGUACACGUGAUAAUUAUAUUGCACAGACACUGAGUGUACAUCCAUUCAUGUGCAGGUAAAAUUCAUCGAACUGAGCGGAAAAGUCCUUCACUACUUUGCAAGCCACGAUAAUUAUAAUGAUAUUGAUAUAUUGAAAAGUAAUUAUAUUAUAUAUAAUAACAUUAAUA